AUGGCCUCGGCUGCCCUCAAUGGCGCUGCCACCAACGGCCGCGGUGUCUCUCCUGCCUCUUCCGUAGGAGGCUCCAACGGCUUUCCCAAGAGCAAGCGCUUCACCGACAUCCCCUCGACCAUCGACAUCCCCGUCCAAGAUCAAGAUGACGAAGCUGUCGAAAUCGACCUCGAGGUCCUCGCCGAUGACCCAACCGAGCUUUGCACCCUCUUCGAGAUGGAGGGCGCCGCCCGGACGUAUUGGAUGACAGUGUCCCUUGCCUACGCAAAACAGAAGAAGAUCGACUUCGCCAUCGAGAUGCUCAUCAAAGGAGCCAAUGCCAUGCAGGCCAACAACCCCAGAGAGAAGCUCAGCAUCGUCACGGCUCUCUGCUGGAUGUAUUUGUGGAAGAGCAGGGAAGCACCCAGAGUCGCCCCCGAGGGCGCCCUUGUGUCCGAAGCAAAGACCAAGGAAUACUAUCUCCAGCUCGCUACCCAGAGUCUCAACGAAGCUUCGCGCAUCAACCCAGCUUUCCCUCCUCUCUUCCUGGCCCGUGGUGUCCUCCAGCUCCUGAGGGCGUCCCUCCAGCCACCAUCAAAGGCUCCCGGAGCAGUCGACCCCGAAAAGACCGAGACCUUGCGCGCCGCCCUCAAAUCUUUCGACGACGCCCUCCGAGUUUCUAGCGGCGAGAACAUGCUUGCCGUUAUUGGCAAGGCCCGCGCACUCUUCUCGCUGAGCAGGUAUGCAGACGCCUUGGCUGCCUAUCAGGAUGCCCUUGCCAGAGCCCCAGAUCUUGUCGACCCCGACCCGCGAAUUGGCAUUGGCUGCUGCUUCUGGCAAUUGGGAUACAAGGAUGACGCCAGGAUCGCCUGGGAACGAGCUCUCGAGAUCAACGCCGAGUCCAAGGUCGGCAACAUCCUCCUGGGUCUCUACUACCUCGACGCGAGUGGACACGUCCCCAUCAACAGCCCGGAAUUCAUCAGGCUGUACAAGAAGGCCAUGACCGAGUACACACAAAAGUCCUACAAGCUUGACAAAGAUCUUCCCCUCACAUGCGCCACAUUUGCCAGCUAUUUUCUGUCCCGGAAGCAAUUUGAUCAUGUGGAAGCUCUUGCCCACAAGGCUAUCCAGUUCACUGAUGUCAACGCCAUAGCGAGUGAUGGCUGGUACCUGCUCGCGCGCAAGGAGCAUUACGCCAAUAACCUCGAGCGUGCUGCAGAUUACUACCGUCGUGCUGAUGAUGCCCGAGGUGGCACUGAGCGUGGCUAUUUGCCGGCCAAGUUUGGUGCGGCGCAGCUGUCCGUCAUCAAGAACGACCUGGGUGAGGCCAAACUUCGCCUAGAGAAGAUGAUUCAGCAGGCGAAAAACUACGAGGCCAUGAUUUUGCUCGGCAACUUGUAUGCCGAGGAGGUUUUCGCCAACCAGUAUGCUCCGGUCAAGGAAGAUAAGUCUGCCGAGGCAAAGAAGGCCAUUGGCCUGCUGGAGAGCGUGCGUUCGGCGUGGAAGGAUCCUAAGAAAAGCCUCGCGCCAGAUGCCGCUGUGCUUCUCAAUCUAGCCCGUCUCUAUGAGACCGAGAACCCUGACAAGGCCCUCCAGUGUCUUCAGCAAGUCGAGCAGCUGGAGCUUGACCAGGUUCCCCAUUCAGAGCGACCAGAUGAAGUUGAGGGCGAAGCUGCGAUCAAGGCUGCGCUCCGGAGGUUCCUCCCGCCGCAGUUGCUGAACAACAUCGGCUGCUUCUACUACCAAGAAGAAAAGCACGAGCUUGCGAGCGAACUCUUUGAGGCCGCGCUCAGCUCCUGCAUUAGAAUUGGGGAGAAGAACGAUGAUACUGACACCGACGCUUUGGUCACCACCAUCAGCUUCAACCUUGGCCGUAGCUACGAGGCUCGGGGCAUGUCUGACAAGGCGGUUGAGGUGUAUGAGGGCUUGUUGAAACGCCACGAUGACUACGUGGAUGCCCGCACCAGACUGGCUUACAUCAAGCUUCGGAAUAACCCUGGCACCAAGGAGGGCCCUGAUGCAGUUGCCAAGCUGUACCAGGAGAACUCUUCCGACCUCGAGGUUCGUGCUUUGUAUGGCUGGUUUCUCGGCAAGCUUAGCUCCAGGAAGCGACCUAGCAACAUCGCUGAGGACCCGGAGCAACGCCAUUACAAGCACACCCUGCAAAACUAUGAUAAGCAUGACCGUUAUGCUCUCGUUGGCAUGGGAAAUCUGCACCUUAUUUCUGCUAGGGAGAUGCGUCGCGAGACAGAGGCAGACAGGCAGAAGCGGAGUGCUGCCUACAGCCGUGCUGUUGAGUUCUUCGACAAGGCGCUCCAGUUAGACCCGAAGAAUGCAUAUGCGGCUCAGGGAAUCGCCAUCGCACUUGUGGAGGACAAAAAGGACUACAAGGGGGCAUUGCAGAUAUUUAUCAAGGUUCGCGAGACCAUCAAGGACGUGCACGUCUUUGUCAACUUGGGCCACAUUUACGCCGAGUUGAAGCAGUUCACGAAGGCUAUCGAAAGCUACGAGAUCGCGCUCGGAAAGGAGGGUAAGGCAAAGGAUGCCAACAUUCUCUCAUGCCUUGGCCGUACGUGGCUGAACAAGGGGCGCGCUGAGCGUAACUUGGACGCUUACAAGACAGCCUUGGAGUAUGCCCAGAAGACCCUAGAAGUUGCCCCUGAACAGGUACACUUCAAGUUCAACGUCGCUUUUGUGCAGAUCCAACUCGCCUCGUUUAUCAACGGUUUGCCUGAACACCAGCGUACCUCCACCCAACUCGAGGAAGCUGCGUCAGGUCUCGAGUCCGCUAUUACCGCCCUCGACGAGAUCGCCGCCUCGGACCACCCACCCUAUCCCAAGCACGAUAUCGAGCAGCGUGCCAACAUGGCUCGCAACACUCAGCGCAAACAGCUCGAGCGUGCUCUCGCCUCCCAGCGGGAGUACGAGUCCAAGAACAAGGAGAAGCUCCAGGUUGCACUUGAGCAGAGACAAGCAGCGCUGAAGAAGAAGGAGGAAGAAAUCCGCAGGAAGGAGGAAGAGGAGCGCGAGCGCCAAGAAAAGAUCAAGCGAGAGAGAGAAGAGAUCGCCGCCCGCGACCGCAAGCUAGCGGAGCAGAGACUCGAGGAAGAGCGACAGCGUCAGGAGGCGGAGAUGACCACCGACAGCGAGACUGGCGAGAAGAGUAAGAGGCAAAAGAUGAAGAAGGCCAGCAGCACGCCUGCCAAGCGCGAGAGAGGUGGCGAGGAGAAGCGCGAGCGGAAGGGUCGUGCUCAGAAGAAGAAGAAGACGAGUCGCAGGGACCGAGACGAUGACGAUAGUGACGCCUCGGGCUCGGAUGCCGAAGAAGGCGGCAGGAAGAGCAGGCCACCCAAGAAGCAGAGGCUUACUAGCAGGAAGACCGAGCCUACUGGCAAGUACAAGAGUGCCGAAAUCGUGGUCGACAGCGAUGAGAGUGACGAGCCUGGCAUGGAGAUGGAUGCUCUCGAGAGGGCUGAGAGGGCCCUCGAGAAGAAGCAGAAGCGCAGCCAUUCGCCCCGUAGUGGAGGGGAGUAUGACGAUGACGAGGAUGAGCAGUCCAGGAGGGGCAGAAGCCGGUCAGAGGAGAGUGUCGAUCGGAUGGACGUCGAUGACUCCAGGGCCGACGCUGGUGGUGACGACGAGGAGGAAGAAGCCACUGUCUCAACAAGACGCCAGAACAAGCGAUCAAGAAGAGGCAGGAUUCUGGACGACGACGACGACGAUGAGGAUGAGGAUGAGGGUGGAGCGGCCGCUGAGGCGGAUGCGGAUGAGGGAGGUGAUAAGGAAGAAACGAAGGAGGCGGCUGGCUCGCCUGCUGCUUCUCCGGCCAAGGCUGAUACCGUCAUGGCUGAUGAUGAAGAAUAA